AUGAAUAACGACCCGAACAAUGGCACGCAAACAAGCAAUACAGGGAAACCUAACAAGAAGCCUAAUCCACAAAGCGCGUCAAUAAUGCAGACGAUAUUCAGGAAUAUAGGAACACCAUCUUUUAAACUGUCUCAAAUACCACAACAAUACCUUCAAAAUCUGACUCCACAGCAAUUGCAAAUGAUACAGAACAGACAUCAACAGCUGUUGUAUGCGAGAAUGCAACAACAACAAGCUCAGAACAGUCAAGCAUCAACACCGCAGGAACAGGUGUCAGCGGCCAAUAAAAUUUCAACUCAACGGAAACCAGCAUCAAAUGCCCCCUCACCGGCAGUGCAGGAAAUUCAACAAAAUCAUGCUUUUCAACAAAGUAACUCUACACCCACCGCAUUUCAUAAUUCCCCACCUAAUUCGUCAACGGGCUCUGUAAAUCCAAACACAGGGGGAGUACCGCCAACGCUUCCUCCACAAAUAGCUCAAUUACCACUGGCUUCUCAGCAACAAGUAUUACAGACUUUGAAACAGCAAGCAAUAGCAAAAAAUAAUCCAGCUGUGGUUGCCGCGAUAACAGCAGCUGAACAACAUGUAAAGAACUUGUUGGAACAGCAGGACCAACAGAAUACAGGAUCAAAAAGUCAGACAAAAAUGACAGCGAAUAAACAAGGUUCAAGGGUGGUGAACCAGAAGAUGACAACAGCUGCAAAUUAUGUUCCAGAAUCUCCAGGAAUAACCAACCAAAUACCUCCCAUGGCCCUCCCGCAGAAUAUUCCACCCCCACAAAUUGAUAUGAGGAAGUACGAACUACCAAGCUUCCAAACCAUUAAUUAUGAUCCCCCAGAAACUAAACUACCUAAUCCAUCAUACUGGUCCUCAAGAAACCCUACUACUGAUAUCCUGCUCUAUGAGCAAAUUACUCAAAGGGAUAAAGCUAAUGUUAGUGCCCAACACAGAGAAGUUAAUGGGUAUGAUCCUUUCAGUAUUUACGGUUUUAGUAACAAAGAAUAUGUAAGCAAAUUGUGGCAUACCUUAAAAUACUAUCAGGAUUUGAAGACCACCAGAAUGAAAUCUAUAACGAAUACCUCUCAAAACAUACCAACAGCAAGUAUAUGGGGUAACGGUUACUCGGGUUAUGGCAAUGGAAUCACAAAUACCACUACAAAAGUUGUACCAUUUCAUCCAAUUGCUGGUAGAAACUUCUAUUCACCCGAUAAAAUAAAACUAUACAAACAGGCAAUGAGUGAGGACGCAGAAAAUCUCGUCCCUGUUAGAUUAGAAUUUGACUUGGAGAGGGAUAAAUUCUUCUUGAGAGACACAUUACUAUGGAAUCGGAAUGAAUCUGUUGUUGACAUAAACGAGUUUGUGGAGGAUAUGGUAGCCGACUAUCAAUUUGACACUUCGAUCAAAAGACACGCCAUUGAUAUGAUUUCACAGUCCAUAAAAGAGCAAGUUCAGGAAUAUCAACCUAAUCCAUUUAUUGAAGAACAUUUGUCAAGAAUUGGUGGAGACGACAUGAGAAUUACAAUUAAACUUGACAUUGUUGUAGGACAAACCCAAUUGAUUGACCAGUUCGAAUGGGAUCUUUCCAACCCUGACAAUUCCCCAGAGGAGUUUGCCGAAUGUAUGUGUCGCGAAUUAGAGCUACCUGGUGAAUUUGUCUCCGCAAUUGCUCAUAGCAUUAGAGAGCAGGUUCAUAUGUACCAUAAAUCAUUGAUAAUGCUGGGCUACGGAUUUGAUGGAGGUAUUGUAGAGGAUGAUGAUAUUAGAAGUAGAAUACUACCCGUGGUCACAGUUGAUGACGUAUAUAGACCUCCUGCAGAUUGUAAAGUUUUUACGCCCAACAUACUUCAAAUUUCCCCCGCUGAGCUGGAAAGACUAGAUAAAGACAAAGAUAGGGAUACCAGACGUAAAAGAAGACAGGGUAGAUUUAGUAGACGUGGUAAUACAAAUAUUGGUGGUAUGUCGAUGUCUUCUACUAAUGCAAACGCAAGUGCAGCAAACAACUCAUCAGUGGGUGGUGAGGCUACAUUACCUGAUAUUGCUGAUAUUCCAAGAACCUUUAGAACUCCUAUACCAAGUACCAUACUUCCUGGAGGUGUUGAUUUAGGCCCAUCUGUCUUCUCAUAUAACUUAGAAACGUCUGUUGAAUAUCAAUCGAGGGGGCCACCACCUGAACCAGUCAUGCCUCCAUGUUAUGUUGUUGAUCAUAUUCCUGGAAAGUCAAUGUUAGUAUCCAUUAAACUCCCCCAAAAGACUGCAGCUCCACUGGCAGUAGAACAACAUGGCCAGCAUUUCGGAGGUGACAGCACUAACACUGAUGUCCCAAUUAAAAAGGAGGAUGAUAACAUUUCUGCUGAAGCUGCACCAUCAAUGCAAAAUAUAUCAAACCCUUCACAAACUAUCCAAGCAGCAAGUGAAGUCCCCGAGGACAAGAGAGAACAAGAUAUCGAUGCUAUUACUCCAAUUGUAGAAAGUCAAACUGAAGAGAAAAAAGAAGAGCCUGAGACGGCAACCGAAAAUUCUGAGAAGAUUGAAGAUAAAGAAACAAUGGACAAAGUUGUGGAGGCAGAAAGUGGUGAGAAACAAGUCGUUAGUGAACAGGAAUUAAACUCACAUAUCGAUGAAAAACUUGAUGGCGAGAAACCACCAGUUGAUUCCACUGACAUAAAAAAGGUUGGUGAAUCAGAACAAGUAAACGGUACCCCACCACUUGAAGUUAAUACAACACAAAAGGAAGCCAAAUCUCCAUCCGACGAAGUACCGCAAUCCAUAGAAUCAGGGAUGAAAUCUCCUGAGGAGGAAAACAAAGAAGGCUCAUCUAAUGAUAAUAGGCUAGAAUCUGAAAACAUAAAUACUUCCAACGAAAAUGAUAAUGCUGAUACGGAAGUAGCUGGAAAGGAUAAUGAAGAGACAGAAGUUGCUGGAAAGGAUAAUAAAGAGACAGAAGUUGCUGGAAAGGAUAAUGAAGAGACAGAAGCUACUAGAAUGGGUAGUGAAGAAAGCGGAAAUCAAUAUGAUGAUAAUCAGACUCACAAUGAGACCACCGAAAAACCUGAUACAGACAAUACAGAUGGUCAGGAAAAGACCCAAUUGUAA